UUUCACAAUAACUAGAGCGUCUGUCUAACGUUAUAUAUGAGACAUUACUUUGUUGAGAUCUUAUAAGUGGCCGGUGUUAACGUUACAUGUUUAAUUUGGGCAAGCUGAGCAGGGUUUACUGUAGUUUGAUUGUUCAUAUCUUACUAUCCUCCUAUCUGGCUUUGCGUCAGUGCUGGUCGUUAGAGUUGAAUAGUUAGCUUCUAUUAGCUAGAUUAACUUCUUGGCUAGCCUAGCUUACACUGCGAUGAGCAAGUAAACGCGAGAACAAGUGUCAAAUCGGGAUUGUUGUGGGAAGCGGAGGAGUUGCCAGGUGUUGUCACUGUCAUAGCGAAUCGCCUCAUAAUGUUAGUUGCCUCUACGGACAGGGGCAAGAACUUGGUUUAAAAGUUAUUAUUUAACUAAUUUUCAGGACAGGGUGUUACAACGUCUUUAAGUUGACGAUUUUCCCAGAAUUACCGGAAGCGCAUAAGCACUAAAGAGUACGUUUAGUUUAUCAAGAUAACCUUAACCAGGUAGCCUGCUAAAUUUAAAUAGCUAACAUUUGGUAGGACGAUAGUUCUGAUGUGUUAUGUUAACUGUUAGUGAAAAUUACGCUACGUGUGGCACAUUACAUUGUGUAAAUGUAACUCAAAUGCAAAAAUUACACCCUUAACAUGAAAUUGUCUAAUUAAUUAACUUUGUAAGUUUGAAUACGUUUGCGGUGUUAAUCAAAUAGACAUAACGUUAUAUCCUCGCCAUCUGCAGAUGGCCUGCGCAGGUGUCACAGCUCAGGUGAUUUGGCCCUCUUCCGUCUUUCUGCUCCGAACUCUGGCCAUUUCGCACUUUAGGAAGAGCACGGAGCCUCACAAACUCCCGUAGGAAAUUCGCUCACCUGCCUACAAAGUGUCGUUUUUAACUGCAAAGCGCCAUGAAACACCCGUGGCACAUUAAAGUUUAAUGUCUUUCUCGAUUGUAUGACAUGGCCGUUAGUUAUCUUUUACCUUCACCAUAAUGUGAUCAAUUAAAGAUGCCAUAUAAACUAACCUACCGAUUACAAUGCAAUAGUCUAGAGUUGAAGCACUGGAUACGUAUUUAACGUUUUAGACAUUGAAAUAUGAGAGUAACCCUGAAAUUAAGGGUGAAAUGAAGUAUUAACCAUGUAAUUGAGAUGUCAAGGUUACACUCUUGAUGGGCACAAUUAGCCCCUUGUUUGUGGUGAGUCUCUCUCUCUCUCUCUCUUUUUUUUUUUUAGUCAGACAACUAGUUUUGCUCCAUUAUUCUAGCCUUACUGCUAGCAGCAAAUUGUCCAUAAUCACACUUUUUGCUGUGUUUGAUGCAAGUUUUUCCCAGGCGACGCAGUUUGUGGGAGGAACUGUAUGCCAUCUUCAGACCUUUAUUUAUAUGUCAAUAAGCCUACCAGUUGUUUCUGUCUGACUAUUUCAAAGAGCUUUGUCAGCGCCGAGACCACUGUUCCCUCCAGCCAACCAGUCCCCGCCAACCAUCUCUCUGUGCCCAUUGUAUGUUUAAUGGGAAGAAGCCCUUGACCAAUGACCCGCAAACCCUCCCACCACAGCCCCAGCAGCCCAAUUUAGAUGUCUUUUUCCCACUUCCCACUGUGCUCAUUGCCCUGACAUGCUGUGCACUGAAGGAACAAGAGCACAUCAGCGGCACUCUUAUGAGUCUUAUAGUAACUUGUCUAUAUUCCAUUGCUGUUGGGCAUUGUGGUUUAGCCUUGAUAUGAAAUACUGCAAAGUAUUUGUGGGAUUGUUGUGCCUGACUUCUGUGGCUACAGAUUUUUGUGAAGUCAAUCUUUUUGGAGCAGAGUUCCGGCGCUUUUCUCUGGACCGGUCCAAGCCUGGCAAGUUUGAUGAGUUCUACGGGCUCCUUCAGCAUGUUCACCGCAUUCCCAACGUGGACCUGCUGGUGGGCUACGCAGACAUGCAGGGAGACCUCCUCCCCAUCAACAACGAUGACAACUACCACAAGGCCAUCUCCACGGCAGCACCCCUGCUCCGCCUCUUCCUGCAGAGGAAAGAGGAGGCAGAUUAUGCAGCGUUUGGCACAAACUCCCUGACCCGUAAGAAGACGCCGGCGGUGCUGGCCGCAGUGCUCCUGCGGCCCGAGGCCAACCGGAAGAAGCCGCCCAUCAUCAUCAGCCUGCCACGCGACUUCCGGCCCGUCUCGUCCAUCAUCGACGUGGACAUCCUGCCCGAGACGCAUCGGCGCGUGCGCCUCUACAAGCACGGCCAGGAGAAGCCGCUGGGCUUCUACAUCCGCGACGGCUCCAGUGUGCGCGUCACGCCGCAGGGACUGGAGAAGGUGCCGGGGAUCUUCAUCUCCCGCAUGGUGCCCGGCGGGCUGGCCGAGAGCACGGGCCUGCUGGCCGUCAACGACGAGGUGCUGGAGGUCAACGGCAUCGAGGUGGCCGGGAAAUCACUGGACCAGGUGACGGACAUGAUGAUCGCCAACAGCCAUAACCUGAUUGUGACGGUCAAGCCGGCCAACCAGCGCAACAACGUGGUCCGCCACAGCAACAACAGCGGCAGCGGCAGCGGCGGAGUCACGUCCGGCAGCUCGGGCCGCUCCACGGACAGCGGCGCCAGCUUCUACGGCUACUCGGCCCCCGGCGCCACCGCCAUGGCGCCCACGCACAUCAUCCAGAACUUCCGGUCCGAGGAGAUGGAGAGCGAUGAGGACGAUGAGGACCUGGUGAUCGAGGCCGGCGGUGAGGCCAGGCCCAUCGCUAUGGUGGCGGCGGGGGCCGCGGCCAGCAGCAGCAUGCCCUCGCUGCCCCGGUAUGAGCCGCACCUCAACCUGCGGCCGCCCAACGGCGCCAUGUCCGGCAGCGCCAGCGCCGGGUCCCUGAGCACGACGGACAGAGGCCUGGACAGGAGGAGCCUAGAGGAGGACGGCACAGUCAUCACACUGUAAACACACACACAUGCCCACAGAUUCAUACAAACCUGUACCACACACACAAGCAUUCAUAUUCAUGUGUAAACAGAAAUUGCUCUCUGUUCAUUCUACUAGAAAAUGCUCUCUGCUCUGCAGACUCUGCAUUAAUUGAUGGUUUAAUUGUGCUGACUGCACAUGACACAGGGACCCACUCUUUUACCUUCUUAACUCAGUAAUCCAUACGUGCUCACCGAAACUUUACUGCUCAUACACACACACACACACACACAACACAAAUACAAAUACUUACCAACACAUCAAUACUUGUAAUGUGUGCCAUAGCACUGAUGAUGAAGCCUACUGGUACUAGCACUUGUGUUUAGUGUAUUUAUGUGGAGUUAGACAGUCCACUACGGUUCUUCCACUAGGGGGCAGCAGAAGGGCUCCCUCUGCACUUAGGGUACAAUGAUGGAUAACGGAGAGAGAAAGAAAGAGAGAAUGGCGUGAGUGCACUUGUCUGCAGGAUCCCCACCCCCUGCAUAUCAAACAGCAGAGGAAAGGACACAUCUUCUGGGCACAACGACUUCACGACAAUCUGCUGUCAGCCUAUCAGACGAGCCCCUGCUUCUCUAGAAGCCAUCUGAGAAAUGGAUGCAUCAUGAAAAGAAAUCAGUUUGUGGCUCCCAACGUAUGUGUUACCAUAGUAACCGACAAAGAGCAGGGUCUGUGGUGAAGCUGUACAGCUAGGAGGGGAAAGAGGAAAGCAAACAACGCUGGUCCUUCAGUUCCAUCCCUCGUGCGCGACUCCGUGACCAUUCAUAGCAUGGCUAGUCACUUACCCUAACACUAAUGAAAAAUGUUUUACUGGAGAUUGUACACUUAUUUUCUCUUUCAAAUCAGCAAGUGUAUGUUUUUUCUUUUGUUAUGUUAUUGUUGUUUGUGUGAAUAACCUUUUGUCCUUAUGGGAGUUUAGUGAGAAUGACAUAAGUAGGCAUUGCUGACCUGAAGGUACUCCACUUCCCCUCUUUGUUAGGUUGGUUUUUGAAAUCAUCAAUACGUGGUUGUUGUAGGUAGAGGAUACGUAUUUCCUAUGGGAUCCGUAUUGAAACCGGAAGUUGGAACUUUACUACGGUCUCUGGUUGGUUAAAACUUGUCAUCUGACCUGAACAGCCAAUCACUUGUGUGUUUAGUCGUAUGACUUCGUAAAAGUUCGGUAACAAGUCAGUUGAGUAUUGAGCCGUAUAACCUUGCAGAAAAAAAAAAAAGUCAGGCGAUCGACACAAUUUCUCAACGAAAAAGUAAAGGUAAUGGUAUUAGCCGGUCAAACAGAGUAAAAUACCCACUUCCGGUUUCAAUAUGGAUCCCAUAGGAAAUACGUAUCCUCUACCUACAGUUGUAUCUGUCACCUGUCCCCUCCCUAGAGCUAUUUCCCUGCUUUAACUGAGUUUGUGUGUCCUCAAGUGUGUAUUUGUCAUUUAUCCCCACCCUCCUUUUCCUUUUUUUAAGAUUUUCACAAUCACCUCAUUCCCUUUUUGUUUGCAUCCCUACAGUAAAUAGCCUACACUGACACUCUGAAGUGUACACAUACAUUCACGUAUGAAGAGUGUUUUACUUGUAUUUCUUUUUUUUUACCGAGGCUAAUGACGGGGGUUAUGAGCUUCUAACUGGAGUGCCUGGGUGAGGCGUCACCUCAUUUCAUUCAUCAUGAAUGAACUCAUAUUUCAGAAGGUCUAGACUCUAGACACCUCGCUCACAGAAUUAGCACCCAGAAUUUCAACCCCUUACGCGACCCCCUCCAGAAAUGGAACCCUAUUUGUCAUGACCACCAUUUCUUGCACUGGGCUGCAUAUCUUUUACUUGGGCUCAGUCAAGUGUCUUGCAUGAGGGAGCUUAUUUGUGACCUGGAGCGUGACGCCAUGCACAUAAUAACUAAUGUUAUGUAAGCCGAGUGGGUAGGACGGGCACAGAUACAGAGGUGGAGAGUGGUGUGACAACUCCAGUCAACACGGGUUACAGGCUCCUUAUGAAACCGAGACCCAACCAAACGUGACUGGGCCUUGUGCAGUCCUCAGUUUCACUAGUGUCCACGUGUGCAGGGCGUGUACCAAAUGCCUACACUCCCUGCCAGUCUAUGAGUCAAGACUUCCCUUCCCAUCUUAAGUAAACACACUCUUACAUUCACACACGUCCUCUGUAGUUAGUUUUUCAAGCAGACGUGCUACCUCUUGAUGGAUUUGAGGGGAAACUGAUUUUGCUAGCACUACUUGGGAUGCUCCCCCCCCCCCCCCCCCCCCCUUUCUUCUUUUUUUUUUGUGCAAAACGACUCAAGUGUCAAACCUUAUUUGACCCGUACAUUCCAGAAGGUUUGAAUGCUGCUCUCAUACAAACGCCUUGUCUCAGUUCAUCUGAUUUUAUAUCUCAUAGAGGGAAAUUGUUAAACUAUGAAGAAUAUCCAAAGCAAUAGUGUUUAAUUUACGCUCAACCUCAGCUGAACAUAAACACACCUUGGGACUUAGAAGAGAAGGUUUUCAUUCUGUAUCCUUUUCAACGCUGAUGCCCCUAGCCAAUCGAUUGUGACGAAUCUCAUUGACACUCUGCCUUGAAUGUAGCGUUAGACAGUGGUCGCUAAAAAAGAAACUCCGAUGUGUAACUGUGACCCAUUGAUGCACUGGACUGGACUGGAGUGGACUGGAUAGACCACUCAUGUAUUCAAAGGAGCCAGUGUACAGCCGUCACUCUUUUUUUUUUUUUUUUUUUUUUUCCAGCGACUCCGUACUUUACAUGUAGCCUAACCUGCAGACGUACACGAUUAGAAUGAUAAUGCAUCUGAUUGAUAGGAUAAGGUACCAUAUAGAUUCACUGAAAAGAGCACAUAAAGGACCCACUCUAUUGGCUCUUUGUGUGCUAAGUAGCACAGAGGGCUUCAUGGGGCCCCGGUAAAUUGUUGUGCAUUAAAUAUACUCAACGCACGAAUGACAUAAUGAAUGGAUUUAUAAGGAAGAUGUUUUUAAUUUAUUUUUAAAAAUAUUCUAACCACUGCACAAAACCCGGGGAUCAUCACCACAGCAAAUGUAUUUAUUUUGUAACCACUGAGAAAUGUAUUUGUCAUUAUUUCAGCAAGUGUAUAUAUACACACAUACUCAUACAUGAUACAAUAAUCAACCCUUCUAUCAAUACUGAACUCAAUUUGGUUGGUUUUAAAAGCAAUUAGGCAAAAUUGCAAACAUCCUUUAGGUAUGUAGACAUAUGAAUACUUAUGCUGUUUUCCAUACUGUGAAUUCUUUUAUUUCUGUAAGAGAUUUUAUUGUAUCAGGAUACACUAAAAGGGGCUUUUAAAAGUUUUUUUUUUGUUUCAUUUUCUUUUUUUAAAUAAUGAGCAAUGAUAUUUUUUUUUGCUUGCCAGAUAAAUUCUAGGGUAUAGAUUUGUACUGGAAAUGUCAGUAUUUUCUUAUCAAUACAAUUAUGUACAUUUGUAUCACGUUUAAUUAAAAUGUUUUAAGAUAAUAAAAGUGUAUAAAUAGGUGCACAUGUAUUAUAAGACGAUUCGAGCUGGAGAAAUAAACUAAUGCGUAGUAACUCAA